GUUUGUUGAUUAUUGUCAUUAUUGUUGGGAAUGAUGUAUGACUAGUGUGACAGUUUUUAUUCGAUUUGUCCUAAUGUUAUAGGAAUGUUCAUUGACGUUUACAGGUUUUCAAUAAUUUCUUCAAAAGCCUAAGUCAAUUAAUUAUUUACACAUCCAGAUGUUAUUUAUAUUCAGUUGAAUGUAUUUUUUUAUGGAGAAAUGUUAUUUUUCAGAAUGCAAUCUUGUUUUAAUGAACAAGUGUUAUAAAAGUUAAACAAUUUAAUGUGUAUGAUCAAUAUUGUACUCUAAAUUCAAGAAACAUGUCAUUUGAGGGGAAAUAUAAUGCUAAAAGUCCAGCUGUCAAGCGGUUGAUGAGAGAAGCUAUGGAGUUACAUGAGCCUACUGAAGAGUACUGUGCCUACCCUCUGGAAGAUAAUCUUUUUGAAUGGCACUUCACUAUACAAGGUCCACCGUCCUCGGAAUUUGAAGGUGGCGUAUAUCACGGGAGAAUAUUACUGCCUCCAGAGUAUCCCAUGAAGCCGCCAAAUAUCAUUCUACUGACCCCCAACGGUCGAUUUGAAAUCAAUAAAAAAAUAUGCCUGAGCAUCUCCGGUCAUCAUCCGGAAACGUGGCAACCAUCUUGGAGUAUACGGACAGCCCUGCUUGCUCUUAUUGCAUUUAUGCCAACUCCUGGUAAUGGAAAAAUUGGUUCUUUAGAUUAUAAUGCCGAAGAAAGACAAAAACUUGCUAAAAGAUCACUUACAUGGCAUUGCGAAACUUGUGGACAAAUAUUAAAUUUACUAUCUACAGUCAUAAGAAAAAGACCAAUUACAGAAGAAGAAAAGCAGAUGUUGAGUACGAUUGCAUUGAAGGCUGAGGAGGUGACACCGGAAAAUUUCACAUCAGAUUUAGAAAAUGAAUUAAGGCAACGAAAUGUCGACUAUCAAACGGAAUUUCAAGAAGAACAGCCUGAAUUUCGAGAAACUACAGAAGCUGUUAUAUCACGCUCUAAAAAUGAAUUAUUUUGGAGUAUUUCGAUUCUUUUUCUAGUUUCUGCAAUUAUUUUACUCAUUUUGCGAAGAUUAUUUUUUAUGUAAUCAUUUUUCACAUUUUAUUCUUUAUUGUAUGUUUGUUAUAAAAUUGUUUAAAAAUUUCACAACCUAGUUGAGAUAUAUUAUAUGAAUUGGAAAGCUCUAUGUACAAAAUAUUUAUGAAAAUACACUUUAUUAGAUGGAUUAA